AUGGUACAGUGUUCAUCCUUUCUCUCAAACAGGACCUCUCGGUGUCAGCAGCAGCUCUUGUCUGCAGACGGCAAAACUCUCCAAAACUUGUGGUUUGUCCCUCACUUCUCUGAAGUCCUGCACAUGUUCAAAACACUUCAUGUAUCGGCCUGUGCUGCAGCUCUCCAUCACACGCUGCAGAUAGCGUCAGCUCUUCAUGACAUCAUGUAUUACCUGGUUAGUUUCUCCAGACUGGGAAACAUAGAUGAGUCGUUCAGCUGCAGGAGAGGAGAGGAAGCAGCGGGCUCUCUUUCAGCUGACUGGGGAGGAGCUGAAGGCAUUGGAGCAGAGCUGCAGGAGCUCCAGCAUCAGGUCAGCUGUCUGUCUGAUCCCAGCAGUCCGCAGUCUGUCAGCCGUGUGCUGCAGCUGCGCAGGAACGUCCUCCUGCUGCAGUUUGAUACGGCUGUGAGACACCUCAUCAGUGACUCUGAGGAGUAA